GUGGCCGGUGGUGAAGACCAGAAUGAUGCAAGAAAUCAAGCCAAGCACGCAGUCAGCAAUUUCUGCAGAUACGAUCCCCGCUUCAACACCUGGAUCCACCUGGCCAGCAUGAACCAGAAGCGGACGCACUUCAGCCUGAGCGUGUUCAACGGGCUCCUGUACGCCGUGGGCGGCCGCAACGCCGAGGGCGGCCUGGCCUCGCUCGAGUGCUACGUGCCGUCCGCCAACCAGUGGCAGCCCAAGGCGCCCCUGGAGGUGGCGCGCUGCUGCCACGCCAGCGCGGUGGCCGACGGCCGCGUGCUUGUGACCGGCGGCUACAUCGGCGGCGCCUACUCGCGCUCCGUGUGCGCCUACGACCCGGCCCGCGAUGCGUGGCAGGAGCUGCCGGCGCUCAGCACGCCGCGGGGCUGGCAUUGCACGGUGGCGCUGGGCGAGCGCGUGUACGUGAUGGGCGGUAGCCAGCUGGGGCCGCGCGGCGAGCGCGUGGACGUGCUAACCGUGGAGAGCUUCAGCCCGGCCGCCGGCCAGUGGAGCUACGCGGCGCCGCUGCCCGUGGGCGUGAGCACGGCGGGCGCCUCGACGCUGCACGGCCGCGCCUACCUGCUGGGCGGCUGGAACGAGGGCGAGAGGAAGUACAAGAAGUGCAUCCAGUGCUUCAGCCCCGAGCUCAACGAGUGGACGGAGGACGACGAACUGCCCGAGGCCACCGUGGGCGUGUCGUGCUGCACCCUGGCCAUGCCCAAUCACGUGACCCGAGAGUCCCGCGCCAGCUCGGUGUCCUCCGUGCCCGUCAGCAUCUGAACCCGGGGAGCCGCGGGCUCGCGGGGAGAGGAGAUAGGCAUCGCGGUUCAGCAGUGAGCUAGCGGAAAGGAAACUAUCUAACAUUUACUACAGGGGUGUCUUUUCAGAUCCAUCGAGGCAUCUGCCUUGGUGGUUUUCAGUUGCUGGUGUGGCAUCAUCUACCUCUCUGUCGAUUUUUUUUUUUUCUUUUCUUUUUUUAAGCAAAAUACAGAGCCGGAGCCAACAAAGGAAAGAAGCCAUUUAUUUCAGCGGCCACUGGGUGGCAGACAGAACUCGCGGUGGGCCCUUCCAACGCGGCAUCCUUUCUAAACAUAGAGCGGUUACACCCACCUUUGAGAUUGUGCUUCUGCACUUUAAUACACACGAAGCCUGUGUAAGAGAUUUCUCGUACAAAAGUUUCUUUUCCUUUCUCUUUUUUUUCUUUAGGAAGUUUAAAAUAUUCCUUUAUAGGCUUCAUUUUUAAAUGGAAAUCAGUCUACAUCCAUAAGGACUUAAGAUUUAAUUCUGUGUUUCUAUGCAGUUUCUUUUCCUAUACAUGCCUGAGUAAAGGAUUUCGAAAGGCAUCCCAGGAGAAAAUCAUAAAGCUUAAGACAAAUACUGACGGGAAAGUAACAGGGAUUCCACCCAGGGGCUGACAGGUUGAUGCCUUUGGUUUAGUGGUGAUUCCCUCCUCCCUGUCUCAGGCCCCCAAAAGUAUUUCCUAUCAUAAAAUCGUACUCUCAAAGAAGGAACUGACAUCAGUCAUCUAAUUUAUAGGUAAAUUUAAACCAUUUUAUUGUUUCUCCUAGAAGUAUUCGCAUUUUACUUUGGUCCUCCAUUAAAAGAAUUGCAAGUAGUACUCUCACCCUAAACACUACAUCAAGAUGGUUAAAGGCAACCUUGACAUUCAUGUAAGCCCCCAGAAGAACACCAAAUAAAAGUCUGUCUGUAAGGAUCCUUAACAUAUAGCAUAUGCAGCCUGAAGGUUAUGCAACCAAUAACAAUAAUUUGAUUUCUUCUGGUCUUUUAGAUGAGUGAGAAUGAAGGAAACAUUUGGAAUUCCUGGAUUUAGCAAUAGCGGGAUGAAUGGGUCCCCCUGUUGGUAAAUUCUAUUGUUUACCAAUUGAUUUCAAUCCCGAUUUCUUAAUUAAAAACCUAACACGUUCAUUUUCUAUAGAAAUGUUAAGAUAAUAUAUGCCCAUUUGAUUAUAUAUUUUUAAAAUUUCAUCUGCUCCAAGUUAGCUUUGCAUAUUAAACUAUAUCGACUCCAUAUCAUUUUUCUUAUAUGUUCACCAAGUUUGGAAGCAAGGGAAUGAUGGCAGUAAAUGAUACAUAUUUUCCUUUCUUCUUAUUUAUCCUUUUAUUCUUUGAUAGUUCACUUGUUUUGGAGAGGAAGGGCCUAUCAAUUAUGGGUUAUGUGCAAAUGGGUUUUGAAAAAUAAGACAAACUAUUUAAAUUGUGAAACAUGACAUCUAUGACAGUAAAACCGGGUUUUCAUGAACCCUGUCCUCUCCCACUGUGUGUAGAUAGGUUAUGGCUAGAGUUACAAUAUUUAUAUUGAAAAUAUUUUAUUCGAACUGUGAAAAGUGGUUCAUAUAGUAGUACACUUUGUGGAACAAUUUUAUAUCAUUGCCCCUUAUGGAGAGUUCAAUCUCUGGGUAUUUAAUGGUAACACUCGGGUAAAGGCUAGAACAUUGCGGUUGAGAACAAGACGUUAUUAAUGUAAAAAUGCUGGGCUGUUUCCUAACCCCACACAGGGCAGGAGGAGCUUCUCCAAGUACAGAGCAGAUCUGCUCCUUGAUUCUUUACUGGCCCAGGCCAAAAAAUAAACCUGUGUGAGAAACCAGUGUAUGGCGCUGGUUAUAUCACUGAGCUCAUAAGUCACAAUGUACAACCUAUAGAUAGACUUUUGUCCUUGCAGCACCAUGGGUAAAAUUAGCUUUUCAUUUGUAAUAAGUUGUUUAGGCCACAACUUCCAAAGACUAUAAGGGGGUGACUGUAACAUCUUUUAGUUUGGUAUAAACAUAUAUUUUCAUACAAUCGAGAAGCCUAUAGCAUACCGUUAAUUUUGAGAGACAAAAGGUGAUGUAUUAUGUAUUAUGGAUUACAAGUCAUAAGUGGGCAAAUAGACAUAAUCUUUUGAUACUCACCAAGAGAUGUAUCUCCCAUUGAGAUCCUAGAAGUAUUGUGAAGUGAGGGGCUUAAGGCCGGAAUGAAAUAAGAAUCAAUCAACUGUAAUAUUUUAUCAUGGAUGAAUGAGGAAAGAUGCUGAAACUAGAGGAUUUUUCAUCUAUCAGAGCUUGAUAAAAUACGGUGCACAAAAACUCGGCAGUGGCUUUCUAGAGGUGACCCUGGAGAUGUGUUAGAAUGGAUAAAGCGUUUGAAAUGACCAUUUAACGUAGUUUCUACAUUGGUUAUCUGAAGACUCAGAGGAUACAAAUAUUGGGGCUACCCAGGUUCCUGGGUGCAUUGCUGCUGUAUCUCCUGCUUCAACCAUUAGGUCAAUAAACAAAAACCAAUAGGAAUUUGGAAUUCCAGAAUUUCUGACAUAACAGAUUGGAAGGGAGCAUGGAACCUAAAGGUGGGUGAAGGUUUUACCUCCUGGAACAUCCUGCACAGACCACUGAAAGACGUGAAAAUACGCAGCAUCAAAAUAAUGCCUGUCAUCUUCCACGUGUCAGCGAAACACACUCUUUAACCCAACUACUGAAGCAGGUACCUCUAGAAAACUUGACGACUUCCCCAUGUUUUCCAACUGGAAAAUCACUUCAUUUUCAUUACGUUUUAAGCUUACAUUCAGUCACACUCCCAAGUCUUAGGAGCCAAGCCGAUACCUCCUUUUAUUUUUCCGAAAGCAGAGGGCUUGUUAUUUUUGUACUACCAGAGUCCUGUGAUGAAAUAAAAGCAUUGGUUCAAUGUAUCAGAGAAAUAGCAGGUUACCCAGCAGCUGAAAUAAUAAAACUCAAGCUCUCUUUUUCGGAA